AUGCUGCUCGGGGCGUCUCUCGUGGGAGCAUUGCUCUUCUCCAAGCUGGUGCUGAAACUGCCCUGGACUCAGGUGGUGUUUUCCCUGCUGUUCCUCUAUCUGGGGUCUGGCGGCUGGCGCUUCAUCCGGAUCUUCAUCAAGACCAUCAGGCGCGAUGUUUUCGGCGGCAUGGUGCUCCUGAAGGUGAAGGCCAAGGUCCGGCGGUACCUGCGGGAGCGGCGGACGGUGCCCAUCUUGUUCGCCUCCACGGUACAGCGCCACCCCAACAAGACCGCCCUGAUCUUUGAGGGCACCGACACACACUGGACCUUCCGCCAGCUGGAUGACUACUCAAGCAGCGUGGCCAACUUCCUGCAGGCCCGGGGCCUGGCCUCCGGCGACGUGGCUGCCCUCUUCAUGGAGAACCGCAAUGAGUUCGUGGGUCUGUGGCUGGGCAUGGCCAAGCUGGGUGUGGAGGCGGCCCUGAUCAACACCAACCUUCGGCGGGAUGCCCUGCGCCACUGCCUAACCACCUCCCGGGCCCGCGCACUCAUCUUCGGCAGUGAGAUGGCCCCAGCUGUCUUUGAGAUCCAUGCCAGCUUGGAUCCUUCAGUCAGCCUCUUCUGCUCUGGUCCGUGGGAGCCCAGCCUAGUGCCUGCCAGCACAGAGCACCUGGACCCCUUGCUGGAAAACGCCCCCAAGCACCUGCCCAGUUGCCCUGACAAGGGCUUCACAGAUAAGCUCUUCUACAUCUACACAUCGGGCACCACGGGGCUGCCCAAAGCUGCCAUCGUGGUGCACAGCAGGUAUUACCGCAUGGCUUCCCUGGUGUACUACGGCUUUCGCAUGCGUCCCGAUGACAUCGUCUACGACUGCCUCCCGCUCUAUCACUCCGCCGGAAACAUCGUGGGAAUCGGGCAGUGCCUGCUCCAUGGCAUGACAGUGGUUAUCCGGAAGAAAUUCUCCGCCUCUCGGUUCUGGGAUGAUUGUAUCAAGUAUAACUGCACAAUCGUGCAGUACAUCGGUGAGCUGUGCCGCUACCUCCUGAACCAGCCGCCCCGGGAGGUGGAAAACAGGCACCGGGUGCGCAUGGCGCUGGGCAACGGCCUCCGACAGUCCAUAUGGACGGAAUUUUCCGGUCGCUUCAACAUCCCCCAGGUGGCCGAGUUCUACGGGGCCACCGAGUGCAACUGCAGCCUGGGCAACUUUGACAGCCAGGUGGGAGCCUGUGGCUUCAACAGCCGCAUCCUGUCCUUCGUGUACCCAAUCCGGCUAGUGCGUGUCAACGAGGACACCAUGGAGCUGAUCCGGGGGCCCGAUGGUGUCUGCCUUCCCUGCCAGCCAGGUGAGCCGGGCCAGUUGGUGGGCCGCAUCAUCCAGCAGGACCCCCUGCGGCGCUUCGACGGCUACCUCAACCAGGGUGCCAACAACAAGAAGAUCGCCAAGGAUGUCUUCAAAAAGGGGGACCAGGCUUACCUCACCGGUGACGUGCUGGUGAUGGAUGAGCUGGGCUACCUGUAUUUCCGAGACCGCACAGGCGACACGUUCCGCUGGAAAGGCGAGAAUGUGUCCACCACGGAGGUGGAGGGCACACUCAGCCGCCUGCUAGACAUGGCCGAUGUGGCAGUAUACGGUGUCGAGGUGCCAGGAACCGAGGGCCGCGCCGGGAUGGCUGCUGUGGCCAACCCCUCGGGCAGUUGCGACCUGGAGCGCUUUGCACAGCUGCUGGAGAAAGAGCUGCCCCUCUACGCCCGUCCCAUCUUCCUGCGCCUCAUGCCUGAGCUCCACAAAACAGGGACGUUUAAGUUACAGAAGACAGAGCUGCGGAAGGAAGGCUUUGACCCUGCCGCUGUGAAAGACCCACUGUUCUACCUGGAUGCCCGGAAGGGCCGCUACCUACCGCUGGACCGAGAGGCCUACACCCGCAUCCAGGCUGGCGAGGAGAAGCUGUGA